AUGGCUAAGGAAGUUCAAAUACGAAAUCUGGGAGGACCAAACUACACGCGCGGUGGCGGGAGAGUCUACGAUGAGGACGGGAAAGAGAUUCCUGGUGGUGGGAAAGGAUACAGAUAUUUCGGUCGAGCGAGAGAACUUCCUGGAGUCAAGGAGAUGUUUGAGGCAGCGACGAAAAAGAGAAGUGCCUCUGAAUUGGAUGAUGCGGGGGGGCGAAAGAUGGAUAUUGAAAUGUUCAAAAAACAUGUUGAUGCGGCAUACUUUGGCUACGGCCUAGACGAAGAGGACGGAUCAUUACUAGCGUACGAGAAGAAGAAAGAGAAAGAGGCAUUUGAAGCUGUGUUGAAAAAGGGCGACGAUAAACCCAUUGAUGGGUGGGAGCCGUUGCCAGGUGAUCAGGGUGAUGGUGUCGAAUGGCAGCUGCCCACACUAGAUGAUGUCCAGGAAGAGCUAGUGGAAAGACGAAGAAGAAAGUUACUUGACAAGAUUGGUUAG